CGCAAGGUAAGACAGGCAGUAUGGCGGAAGAAGAGAGUGACCUGGAAUCAGAAAGACUUAAAGAGGAAUUGGAGAGUUUGUUGGACGCUACCAGAAAUGACGAACCAUGGCUGAAAAGCAAAAAUUAUUGUUCUAGGUUUUGCGAGCUGGUGGAAGAACAUGCUGGUCGAUGGCAGGUGCCAUUGCCUCAGCUGCAGGUGCUUCGGACGGCCCUCUGCUAUUUCACCCAUGGCACAGUCUCCUUCCCCAACGACUGUGAGCAUGUGCAGUAUACCCUGGGCAGCCUUGCUCUGAGCUUUUUUGAACUCCUGCUGUUUUUUGGCAAGGAUGAAUUCCUGGAGGACCCUUUAAAAGACAUACUCGACUCUUUUCAGGACUGUUUUGCAAAUCUGGUGAGAUACAACAAUGUUUACCUGUGGGUGGUGAACCAGAUAAUCCGAAAUGGUGGUCCAUGGGCGAAUUCAACAUUGCAGGCCAUCUUAAGGGAGUCUGUUCAGCUGCAGGAUGAAGCCAGGAAGUAUUUGGACUCUGAAGAACCUGUUUUCUUUGAUUUGCGGGUGCGCUACCUGCUGGCCUGUGAUCGAAUUCAGGAGGCUGUGGCCCUAGCAAAGAGUUGCACGCAGCAUCCGGAGAUGGGGAAGCACCUGUACUUUCACCAGGUUCACUUGACAUGUCUAUGGAAGACAUCACUACUCGAUCACUUUCAGAAAGAAAUGGCUGUGAUUGAUGGGAGAGAUGCUGUCGAAAUACUCUGCAACACUGAAAAAGAGGAGAAGGAUGAUUUGCUCCUGGCUUUCAGUAAAGCUUUCCUCACUCAGCAGCUGCAGAAUGGAGACAUGUACUACAUGUGGGACCUAAUUUUCAUAUGGAGCAAGCUUCACCUCAGGGCAAACCCUUCCAAAGAGAACUUUUUGGAAGAAUGCUAUCAACUGAUGCAGCGUGUGACUAAUGUCAAAUCUAUCUUUCCUUUUAUGAAAGUCAUCAGAGAUGAAAUGGGCAAUGAAGGCUUGCAGUUCUGUGUGGACCUGUGUGCACGUGCCCUUCAGAUGGACCUUCACCAUGACCCUGUCACCAAAUCACUAAUCUACAAGACCAUUGCUUACUUGUUGCCCAGUGAUCUAGAGGUCUGCAGAGCUUGUGCCCUUCUGGUGUUCUUCUUGGAGCGUACUGUGGAGUCUUACAAGACUGUAUACAUUCUCUACACUCACCCCGACCAGGAAUAUCAUGUCGACUCCAGUUUAAUAAAAAACCAGAUUCGCUUUGAAAUUCUUCAGAUUUUAAAGAAGGGUUUGUUUUUUGAUCCAGAGUUUUGGAACCUUAUCACUUUGAGAACCAACUGCCUGAAGCUGAUGAGUGAAAAAGUUAUGAAAGCUGCUUUGAAUGAAAUUAUAGAUGAUAAAUGGAUGCCACACUACUGUGUGAAAGAGCCAUACAAGUUGCAUUCAGAUGCUUCAGACUGCAAUACAAAUGAAGAAGUGAAACUACAUAGAAACAAGCCUGAAGUCAAACUUGUUCCUGUUCCAGCUGAAGAAACUGUACCACCUCCAGCAAAGAAAAGGGGCAGGAAACCUGGGUCACGUGUCCAGAAUCUAGUUGGUGAAUGCCAGUUAAGACGGUCUUUCAGGCGGCUGGACAUGUCUCAAGAGAAUUCCAACAUGCAUGGCAGCAGGGAACAAAGGCACCUUGCCAGACAGGUAGAAAAGAAAACCUUGAAAUGCCGUGGCAGAAAACCACGCUGGCUGCUGCAAGACAUGGCCAGACAGGCUGAGAACAGCAUUUCUAGACGAAGCUAUUUUGGGAAGAAAAUGCAGCAUUUUCCCACAGAAAAAUUGUCCGAAUGUGCUACUGGCAAGACUAGCAUAGACAUGGAGACCCAAGAAGUCUUUUUGGAGAAAAAAGGUGAUGAGGUGUCAUCACAUGUUGAAGUCCAGGGUGAAAUGAAUACAGUCCUCACCCAGUCUCAGGAUCAGGCCAUGUCCAUGUCGCCUGCACCUCUCCUAGAGGAUGCACAAGCCAUUCCUGUCCAUGGAACAUUGCUGGAAUUUUCUCUUCCUGAUAAUGAGUUUAUGGAGUCUUUCUCUGUGGACCAUGAUGUGGAACUUCCAGAGCAGGGACAUCAUCAGCAAGACUCUACUCAGGAGAAUAUUUUUGGUAUUCCAAAGGUUCCUAUGGAACAGCUGCUUGCUAAGCCUUGCAUGACAGAAACAGAUGCUCCAUUGGAGGGACUAAGUAAGGCUGAGUCACCUCCUUUGUCGACUGAGCUAAAUUCUGAACUUUGUGAGGAAUUAGCCAUUGAAUUGCAUAUUGCCACCAUACAAGAACUGCACAACUAUUCCAAAAUUCUUGAAGAAACCUCAGAAGUUGGUCUUCAGUCACUGCCUGGAGCAGCAUCUCCUAUGCAAAAGGAAGAUUUAUAUAAGUCAGGGCAGGACUAUACGAUAGGGCAUUCCUGUCAACGUUUAGUGGAAACAGAAGUUAGUUCACCUGUUCAGACAAGCAUUGUUAAUCCAGUAUUUGCAGCUAAAGUUUCCAUAGUGGGAUCUGAAAUUCGUCAUGAUGUGAUUCACAUUGAUACAACGUGUGAGAUUCCUUUGGAAGGGAAUGUUUCAGAUAUUAAUAGGAAUAUAAUUCCAAAUGGUGGUACUGGUGACCCGCAGAUCAUGGGUAAUGCUACUGAUUACAGGGCUAUACCAUAUGAAAGCCAAACUAAAAUUGCUGCUAGCACCGAUGGUAGUUCUGACUUCCACAGUGUUCCCAGUGCUGCAGAUGCAGAACCACACAAGCCUUUAGCAGCCUUGUCAGCCUCGUCCAGUUCUCCCACCAAAAUGGGAAACUUAAUUCUCAAGCAUCGUUGCAAGGAAUGUAACAAAGAGUUCAGAGGUGGGAAUAUAAUGCGUCAUGCAGUGGCUCAUCUCCAGCGGGACAAGCUGAAGUGUAUGUUCUGCACAGAAGUAUUUAGAUCUCGUAUUAAAGCAAAGAGCCAUGUGACAGAACACAUUGAAAAAAUGAAAAAUGCCCCUAAUUGCAAUCCAGAUAAUGAUAUUGGAACUACUACUGCGAGUUACGAAGAUAUAGUUCUUCCAUAUAAAACAUUUAAUAAUGAGGCUGUUGAUAUGAAUCAUACCCAACAGUCAAACAUUUCAAGAGGUAAAGUGAAAGCCAAUGGAUUUGUUGAAACUGGAAGUCAGCAAAGUGAAAAGGGAGAGUACUGCUGUCCUGCAGAUGGCUGCGAUAAGACAUUUGCCCGAGCAGAGUGGCCUCUGAUCAGGCAUGCCAUGAAAUUCCAUGCUGAUGAUGUGAAAGUUCAGGAAUACACCUUCUCCUUAAAGAAGGGAAACUGCCACUUCUGCAAGAGAAAGUUUCUUAGUUUGCCACAUUACCAGGACCACAUCAGAGGCCACAAUCAUCCACUCAAACAUCCUUGCCUCCAUUAUGAUUGUAAAGAACGCUUUAAGACCCUGACGGAGCUCAAGAGUCACAUGAAGAGCCAUCAACCACUCCAAGCACAGUGUAGCUUUGCAGGCUGUCUGAGGCGUUUCAGUCUCCUACGUCUAUUAUUUGAACACGAGUUGAAGCAUUACCUGCCUACCAAAGCAAAAGAUGAGACCCAGGACACGGUCUGGGUUGUUCGUGGGAAACGGGAAGAGUUUCAAGAUACCACUAACAGUGGCUUGGUUUGCCAAGAACCUACAGAUUGUAAGAAUGAUAGGUUUGCAACCUCCAGCAAAUAUAUCACAAAUUCCAUGGCAAUAAGCAAUGAAAAGCAAGAGCUGCAGGCACAGAAUGUAGAAGGGAUGCCUGUACUUGCUGAAGGUGUCAGCUCUACAGAGGACAAGGAUGCUGACAUACAGCUUGUCAACGGUCAUGGUAAAAAUGGGGGAAGGCUGGAUGUCUCAGCUCAAACUGAGUGCAAAACUGAGAGUCCCCAGGAAAGUGAACAAGAGAAUAGACUAGGCAACAAAAGUGUAGACGAUAAAACCCAAACUGAAAGUGCAGUGGGUCAGCAGGAGCCUUGUCUGCCAGGCCAGAAAGCAGCCAAACCUGGAGAACAGUCUGGCUACGGGGGGACAUCCAACAGACCGUUUGUGCGUCUGGCGCCCUCCGCCUACUUGGAUGAGAAGUACAUCAGCAUGCCCAAGCGCAGGAAAUCUUCAGCAGUUCCCAGUCCCUCUUCUGUACAGCAGAGCAGCCCAAGUGACAAAACCCCGAGGCAACGAUGUGCCAAGUGCUUCCUCAUCUUCAGUAGCGCAGAGGAGUUACAGAGUCACCACUCCUCAAACCAGUGUACAUCUCUGUUCGGCUUUGAUUCAGAUGAGGAAGGUAUGUGGUAAAAUACAGCCAAACUGGAGGUGUACACGGUCUACGUCUGGGUAGCAGGGGGACAUUGUGAUGUGCUGAUUUGGUCCAAAAGGCAAGGUAAUAUCAGACUGCUUUCCAAGCAGAUGUCCCUCAUGAAGACUUUUGCCAGGGCUUAUGGGACUCCUGUUCUGUGAGAUGGAGCAAAUGUUCACUGUGAGAGCAGAAACACAAGGGGACACAGAAACUGCACCACUGCUGAAAGGUCCAUAAUACUUUGGAAAAUUUGCAUCCAUUUUUUGACAAUAAUAUGGAAGACACUAAUGUUUUUGAUGGCCUAACCUUGGCUUGUCAGGACACGUAAACUGUACUAAGUGCCUGGACCCAAAUACUCAACCCCCUGCUAUAUUUUAACAACAGUUGCCAGCUGUGACAACUAGUAUAUAUAUAUAUAUUAUGUAAAAAUAUUUUGGGCAGUUUUAUACAAACCUUGUAUUUUACUCUUUUUGUAUUAAUCUGGAAAACAAGUACAGAGUCAUGGUUAUCUGCUAUUCUGCAGUGGGUUGGCAAUUAUUCCAGAGUUCACUACAUUGACCAUUUUGUUAAUCCUUUCUAGAGUCUCUCCUUUUGAAGCUAUCAUACAACCCUGUUUCCAAAAAUUUGGGACACUGUGUAAAAUGUAAAUAAAAACAGAAUUCAAUGAUUUACAAAUCAUAAACCAAUAUUUAGCUGAAAAUAGAACAAAGACAUAUCAAAUACUGAAACUGAGAAAUUGAAUAUUGUUUUAUGACAAAUAUAUGUUCAAUUUGAAUUUGAUGCCAGCAACACAUUUCAAAAAAGCUGGGAUGGGGCAACAAAAGACUAGAAUUGUUGUAUAAUGUUCAAGCAAAACACCUGGUUGAAUGUCUCACAUAAAAUUAGGUUAAUUAGCAACAGGUCGGUAAGAUGAUUGGGUUAAAAAAGAGCAUGUCAGAGAGGCAGAGUCUUUGCAGUGAAGUUGGGGAGAGGUUCACCACUCUGUGAAAGACUGCACGGGCAAAUAGGUCAAACAUUUGAGAAUGUUCUUGGAUGUAAUACUGCAAAGAAUUUGGGAAUUUCGUCAUCUACGGUACAUAAUACCAUAAUACCUAAAACAAAUAUUGGAUAGCCAUAACCUUCGGGUCCUAGGGCGGCACAACAUUAAAAACAGACACGAUUCUAUAGUAAAAAUCACUGCAUGGUGUCAGGAACAAUUCCAAAAAUCAUUGCCUGUAAACACUAUCAUUCGUCGCUGUAUCCACAAAUGCAAGCUGAAACUCUAGCAUGCAAAGAAGAAACAAUAUCUAAACAUCCUGAAAUGCCGCCGAUUUCUCUGGGCCUGUGCUUAUAUUAAGAUGGCCUGAGGCAAAAUGGAAAACUGUCCUGUGGUCUGACAAAUCAAAAUUUCAAAUUAUUUCUUGGAAAUCAUGGAUGCCACAUCUUCUGGACUAAAGUGGAGAGGGACCAUCCAGUGUAUCAGCGGAUAGCCAGCAGCCAUAAUGGCGUGGGGUGCAGUAGUGCCCAUGGCUUGGGUAGCUUGCACAUUUGGGAAGGAUAUAUAUGUAUGUAUGUUUUGGAGCAAUGUAUGCUGCCAUCCAGACAACGCCUUUUUCAGAAAUGGCCUUGUAUAUUUCAGCUGGACAAUGCCAAACUGUAUUCUGUGUGUAUUACACCAGCAUGGCACCGUAGUAGAAGAGUCUGGGUGCUAGACUGGCCUGCCUGCAGACGUGUCACUCACUGAAAACAUUUGGCCAAUCAUGAAACAAAAAAUACGACAAAGGAAACCCCAAACUCUUGAGCAGUUGAAAUCCAAUAUCAGGUAAGAAUGGGACAAGAUUUCACUUUCAGAACUCUAGCAACUGGAGUGUUGUUAAAAGAAGUGAUGCAACUCCUGUCAACUUUUUUGAAACAUGUUGCUUGCAUCAAUGUUCAAACUGAGAAUGUAUUUGCAAUAAAUCAACAAAACCUCAGAACAAAGACAUUGAAUAUUGAAACUAUUUUCAAUCAAAUAUAGGUUUGAUUUGAUUUGAGUUAUUGAUUUUGUUUUUAUUUACAUUUUACGCAGCAGACCCAAUUUUUUGGAAACAGUUGUAUUUAUAUUUAGAAGUCUGUCAAACAUGACUAUUGAUCUGAUGCUAGGAAUUUGUGUUUCCUUUUGUACUUUGUACUAAUAGUGCAUGAGUGAUAGGUGUGCUAGAGAUGUGUGUCUUGGACCCUCCCUUUCCUUUUUCUCUCAUAUGAGGUCAUUAGUAUUGAAACAUUCUUAAAGAAUGAUAAUGCACAAAGUGUGUCAGCCAGUGUUUUACAGGCAGUAGCAACAGUAUACUAAAUGGGUCUAAACCAGUGAUCACCAAAUGGCGGACCGAACCACAAUUGAGUCUUCACAUCACAAUUGAUUGCACCCCCCCACCACACCUCAGCAAAUUUUAUUUUCGACAUGGUUUAACCCUUUGAAGGAUGCAGUGGACAUUGGGUUUGUGAUGCUGGUGGAAUUUGGCCCUCACAGAACAAUAGUUGAGGUCUCCUGACCUAGAUGUUUUCAAGCUUCAGCUGCAUUUGUAGAUUAUGCUUUUUCAUAGUAAAUGCAAUGUGUGUCUUGACAUACAACAAAAGGUUUCACUAAAGAACUUUGGCAUUUUUUUUCCCUGUAAUACCUCUGAUUGUAAAAUUAAUAUGUGAAUUGGACAAAAACAUAAGACUGAUAAUAUCAAUUUAAUACCUGCAUCCUAAAUACUUUUGUCCAAUUCUUUGCUGAUUUGCUUAAGAUGUCCAAACUACCAGAUUUCAUUUUCAGGUCCAUUUUAUUUACUAUGCCUGUAUGUGGCAAGGCUUUUUUUUAGAAUAAUUUUUAAAAUAAUAAAACCUAAUUUAUUGCUUUGUCAUUUAAUUCUUUUAAAGUUGUGUUUAAGGUUGCUGUGGAAAUCAAGUUGGCCAUCUUACCAAGAUACUAAUACUUUGCUAGCAUUUUUAAUUUGUUCAGCAUAUCCCUUGUUAGGGAAAUAUCUGUAUUUUUCCCGCAAUAAUCAUUUAGGUGUAAUACAGAUUGUGUUGACAUUGUAACAAGACUCAAUGGUGCUUAUGAACAGACUGGAUCCCAAUCCCCAUGUCUAAAGUCCUUUUGCUUCUCACUUACACAGGACCUGUCUGAACAAUAAUGUAUCAUGUUCCCAGGUUAAAACACUGUGGGCCACUGUGUCGGCCUCUGAGGUUAAAACAGGAGUGGCCUAUGUAUACAUAUGUGCACUUGUGUGAGUUUGUGUAUAUAAUUUUAUUUAUUUGUUUUGUAUUAUAAAUGAAUGGAUGGAUGAUGUAUUUUCUUAAUGAGAAAAGUUGAAUGCCUUUACCUGUUUGUAAGUUGUAUGCCUUUAGUAAACCAAAGGAGAGGAAGAAUGCUUAACUUGCUGGAUAACUUCAAGGAAGUCAAAAAUGUGAACAGCACUUGUAAUUGGCUGUACAAUAAAAAUUUAUCCCACCCA